UUUCCUGUAACAAUUCAAAGAUAAAAUUUCUAUUAACAUGAGCUGUAUUUAAUAUCAUUAAUUAGCAUUAAUUGAUAUUCAAACAAUUUUUGUUGAUAAAGAAAAAAAGGAAACGAUUAAAAUGAUGGUUUAAAUGAUGACAAUUGACGAGGGUGGAAAAGAUUGAUGAGUGAAGGUGAAGGUGACAAAUGUGCUCGACUCAUGUGAUACUCGUGGUGCCGCAGUUACAUUAUUCUUCGAUCUUUAUCAUCAUUGUAACUAAACAAGUUCAUCAUAGUUGAUCAUCAUAAUGGCAUUUAAAAUGUUUGUGAACACCAAUCAAUGGAUUCGUGGAUUUUUUAUUUUUUCAUUGUGCUGUGCAGGAUAUGGGAUGGUGUUAGAGGAUGCAAACAACUUUACAGCAGCUGUUGGGGAUUAUGUAGUUUUCAACUGUCAUCUUAAUUUUCCUCACGAAAUGCCAAUUGCUUACAUUUUGCAUUGGAACCGGGAAGGUCGAACAGUGUUUUCAUACUAUGAAGUUCCGGGUAAUGAACAGGCCAAUAGUAUUCUCUCGAUUGCUGAAGAUUAUGCUGGUCGCAUCCACUUGCUUGAGGGUCGAUCAAAUCAGGAAUACGGACAGGGAAGUAUCAACUUGACCAACAUCAGGGAGAGUGAUCAGGGUUGGUACGAGUGCAAGGUCAUAUUCCCAGAUAGGUCACCGAGUUCUAGAAAUAAUGGCACGUGGUUUUAUCUCAGUAUUGAAGGUUCGUCGACGUCGACGGACGGUGUUUCAGGUGAGAAUUUACUUGCUGUACCACCAGUCAAUAAAACGGUUAUGGAAGGAGAUGUUGUUGAAUUUGAUUGUGUUACCAAAGAUCCUAAUAUGAUUAUCACUUGGUUGCGUGAUAAUAUAGAGAUCGCAGAAAUAGAGGAUCUCAGAGAUCGAGUUAUCAUUGAUGAUAAUGGAACUUUAACAAUCAAACCAGCAGCAAUUGGUGAUUUAGGAGAAUACACUUGUGUCGUAACUGACAUUGUUGGAGACCAACAGUCAGCAUCAGCUUUUCUUAACGUCCAAUACAAGGCAAAGGUCAUUUAUGCACCAAGAGAAGUAUUUUUACCUUAUGGAAAACCAGCUCUAUUAGAUUGUCAUUUUAGAGCGAAUCCCCCUCUGACAAACCUACGCUGGGAGAAGGAUGGAUUUUUAUUCGACCCAUACAAUGUUCCUGGUGUAUUUUACCGUAGAAAUGGAUCACUAUACUUUAGUAAAGUUGAUGAAACUCAUUCUGGAAGUUACAGUUGUACUCCAUACAAUGAACUUGGUACAGAAGGUCCAAGCCCAUCAAUCUCUGUAGUAGUUCAAAGACCACCAGUAUUUACAGUAACACCACAACGUUUAUAUAUGAGAAAACUUGGGGAAAGUUUGGAAAUUCCUUGUGAUGCUAGAGAUGGUGAUCAAUCGCAACCACCAACUAUCGUCUGGUUUAAAAAGGAUGGCUCACCACUCUCGCAGGAUCGGGCUAUUCUCCAUGGUGGAAAUCUAACUAUUGAAAGGAUACAAGAACAAGAUCGUGGACUUUAUCAAUGUGCAGCAAGCAACGAAGCUGCUACUGUGGUUGCUGAUGCUGAACUUAUGGUACUCAAUGUUCCACCUCGAGCUCCCUACAACUUGAAUGCUAACAGUAGUCAUACUGCUGUCACAUUGACAUGGGUUCCUGGCUAUGUCAGACCGAAAAUGGAAUAUGCUGUCUGGUACCGACCCACUGAUACCACAGAAUGGAAAACAAUGAAAAUUCCAUCCAAAAAAAUCACUGAAGCAACUGUUCUUAAUCUUGUUCCUGGCAGGGAAUAUGAAUUCAUGGUUUUGAGUCAAGAUAAACAUGGUGAUGGAAUGUUCAGCAAGUCUAUUAAAGUCCUAACGCAACCAAAAUCCGGAACUGUCAAUCUCAAUUCUGCUUCAGAAUUCAGAAGCUCUCAAGAAAGUAUCGAACCUCCUCAAGAUGUCAAGGUGCAGCCAACUGCAGAAGGAUAUUUAGUAACUUGGGAACCACCUGCAAACGUCAAAGAUAUCAAGAUUUAUAUUGUAAGAUGGUUUCGAGGUUCAACAGAGAAACAUUUACAUGGUAGAGCAGAGACCACUGAUACAUACUAUUUAGUCAAGAGUUUAGAGGAAGAAAGCAGCUAUAUUUUUGAAGUUUCUGCAGUGUCACAUUCAGACGAUGUAGCAACAAGUGAACAAUUUAUCCUCGAAGUACCAGCGUAUCGAAGGAAUAGAGCCAUUUCAAUGGGAGUUGUUGCUGGAAUAGGAUUCCUAGCAGCUGCAUUAGCUGCAGUCUGGUGGAUAAGAAAAAGAUUUUGUCAACCUUCAAUAAAUAAAUAAGAACUUGAGUUUUCUAUUUGUUAAGAUAUACAUAAUAUGGAAAGUGGGUAUUUAAAUAGAAUUGUUCAAUU